AUCGGAGCUGCGAAACCCUAAAAAAUGCCAGCAAGUGAAAUCUAGCUCACUGUCACUGCCACGGCGCAAUUCCCUCUGCAGACUUCGCGGCAAGACUCAUCGCAGUUUGGGUUCGCUAGCCGCAGUUGGAUUCUUUCUCGCACCGGAGACGAUAAGAGCCUUUCGCCUGGUAAUAGUCCUUUUAUACAUCUUCUUAGAGUUCCCCAGAACUGAAAUUCUCUGUAGCUAUGAACUACGAGUUAGGGAAAGCGAGAAAAAGGCGCCGAGGGGCUAUGAACCACAGCAGAACUUGCUGCGAGUUGGGGAAAGCUAGGAGAUGGCGCCGAGGGGCUAUGAACCACAACAGAACUGGCUGGGAGUUGGGGAAAGCUUGGAAAAGGCUACAUGAAGAAGAAGAAGAAGAAGAAGAAGAAGAAGAAGAGACUAGUACUGGUAGUACAACUGACAGGAUAAGCAAUCUUCCAGAACCCAUUAUUUGUCACAUCCUUUCGUUUCUCGACAUCCAGUCUGCCGUGCAAACCUGCGUAUUGUCGCGAGCAUGGAGAUCUGCUUGGAAACAUGUCCCUGUUCUCGAUCUCCGUAGCGAAUCCUUCCGAGAUUAUCCGAGUUUUCAGCGGUUCGUGGAUAGAAUUUUGUCACUCCGCUAUCCCGUCAGUGUCCAGAAGAUGACCUACAUCGCCCAUGGAAAUCGGACGGAACAGGACGAUAGUCAAUUUGGCAGGGUUGUUGAAUAUGCCUUGCACCAUGAUACUCAACAUUUGGCAUUCUACGUGGGUGAUGGAAUUGGUUACGGUAUCGGUUGCAGAUUCUCGAAUUUGUUCGGCUCGAUGUCGAAUUGCAAUCUCAGAACUCUUGAGCUGUGUUGGGUCACCAUCGAUGGCAGAUUUUGGUCUUUUGGGUUUCCGAGGCUGAACACUUUGGUGUUGGAUUGGUGCCCGCUGUCUUUUGAGCAGGAGGACCUCGAUCCAUUUUCCAACUUCCCGUGUCUCCAGAGUUUGUCUUUGACUAGUUGCCACCCCAAGAAGGUUCCACGUCACAUGCGUGAAAGGAGUUUCAAGAUUUCCGGGCUCGAAUUGCUCAGCCUGAGGCUCGAAAGUACGGAGUUUCACAAGGUUGAGAUAGUUGCACCGAAACUCAAGUCGCUGUAUCUUAGGGGAGGUGUGGAGCAAUGCUCAGUGUUCUCAGAGCUAACUCUUCCUUCCCUCGUUCAUGCUGAUGUUCUUGUCUAUCCGGCUUCCAUUUUCAACCAUGAGAGAUUUGUGGAGCGACAUUUGUUCUCCUUGUUCCAAGCUUUGGGUAAUGCAAACUCUCUGACGCUGGGUUCUAAUACCAUCAAGGUGCUGAGUGGUUUGGAGGAUGAGCUUCUGGAACAACUACCCUCUCCCUUUACGAGAUUGAAGCUUCUGAAUGUGCAGUCAAGCAGCAUACCUUACAGAGUGGCUGAUUACUUUCUCAAAGGAUCUUCUUGUGCAGAACCAAAAGUUGAUGUUUUGUAGAUGUAGUAGUCAAUUUGCCCUUUGCCUUUCAUUUUUUGUCUGUUUGAACGCAAGUGGACGGUCUUUCGUUACGUUCAGGGCAUCUAGGAAGAAUCAAACCUCUAGGGAACUGGGUUGCUAUUCCUUUUAUCAGGUUCUUCUGAAUCACAUUGAUGCAUAUAUCGUCUUCACUCUGUCCUUAAGUAUCAAUUGACUUGGGUAGAUUACUAUACAUGUCUCAUGGUAUGUUUCUUAUCUUCAUG